ACAAUAAUCGACAGGCAAGCGGAACAAGAGGCAAACAAGCAAGCAAGCAAGCAAGCAACAAGGAAGCAAGCAACAAACAACGCGAUGGCGCACCACCUGCCUUCGUCGAACCCAAAGGCGUUCACGAAACCAUACAAGCCGCUGUCGCAAUGUCUGAUGCCAACAUGGAGGCCAACGUAUGAUACAAGCCCGCGCACAGUGGUGCACAACUCGCAAGAAUCACUCAUCAUCCGCCAGUUGAAGAACGCGCGCAUGAACGACAAACAAGGGGAAGGCGAAGGCAGCGACCGUGUGGAGUCGACACCCGAGCGGAAGGCGCGCGUAACAGACAGCUCCCCAGAUGCGCGGCCAUCAAGUACAGAAAAGCGGCCCAAGGUCUCGCAAAACGACACAAACUUGUGAACAAUGCUUUUCCACAUUGUGUGCUUACUGACUCUGCACGUGGUGUGUGAUGUGCGAGAAUAUUCGACGUUGCGUGUGUGUGUGUGUAUCAUUCGUUGAUCGGAUCAGGCACUCAUAGCAGUAAAAGACGAACAAAUGAAA